AAGCGCCUAUAAAAUCAUACAGGACUGUUUUCAUUUCUCCGUCAGUAUCGAAAAUUUCAGCGAUGUUAAAGUAGAGUGAAUAAUGUGCUCAGUGAAUAGAGAUAUAUAUGAUUUAACAGUUGUGGAUUUUAAAGGUGUCAUACAAAUAAAUGUCAGUUUAAUAUAUUAUUAACAAAAUAAAUAAAAAUUAAUUAUGUGCAAUAUCGUAAGGAAUUUAAUGAACAGCAUGGAUAUAUUUAAUAGCGUGAAAAAAUUAAAUAAUGAAGGAGCACCUGUUUAACUUAAGUCUCUCUAAAUAACAAUUUUGCUAUGUGAGGACUUAAUCAGUGAAAAAGUUAAUAAAAACGGGAGAUAAAAAAACCUACAGGGAUUAAAGAUAGGUAUAAAACGCCAGAGAUAAAAAAAACAAGUUUGGAAAUAAUUCGUGAUGAUUGAGGCAAUGCAACAUUUAUCAUUUAUUCACGAACCACAUAAUAUUUUUGCAACUUUGUUAAUAACUGUUACGUUCGUUCCAGCAUAUUGUGGAGUCAUAGACCACAGCUAUGCGGAGCGACAUCGCACACCUGCUCCAGAUUUCCUCCAUACUCCGUCCAAUGUUACCUUCCAUAGAGGAGAGCUUGCAGUACUGCGAUGUAGCGUAUAUAAUCUCGGAACCAAAUAUGUUGUGUGGAGACGAACGGAUAGUUCAUUUCCUUUGACAUCCGGUACGAUGGUUGUGGUUGCAGACGAUAGACUUCAAAUAGGUCACGUGCAAUAUAAAAACCAAUGGGACCUCAUGAUAAAAAAUGUCCAACCAGAAGAUGCGGGUAUAUAUGAAUGUCAAGUUGCUUCAAAAGAUAAAACUGUCCGGAGAUUGGUUCAACUCACUGUGAUUGCAGAUCCAGAGGCCGAUAUCCCGGAAAUAAAGAUUUCAGAAGAGCAGUACGUGGAGCGGGGAGAAAGUAUUGUUCUACAGUGCAACGCUACUGGGGAAUACUAUCCUCCUGAUGAAAUGGACUGGUUCCGAAACGGACAAAAAGUGGAUUCUAACAUGGGAUCAGGAAUUAAAAUAUUAAAACAGUUUUCAAUAUCAAAACGAACGUUUUCAAGUAAUUUGCGAAUAGACAGAGCUAAAAUGGAUGAUGGAGGGACAUAUGUCUGUCGUACAUCCAGUAUGCAAAUAGCUAGCACAAAAGUGCACGUUUUAAAUGGUAAGAACAAAGCCGAGACGUAUAACCGAAAAAGAGGUACAUUAAAAAAUGGCGACGAGACGUCUGACCAGAUUUCUGCCUUGCAUUCAGCCGGAUACACAGUGUCUUCUACAUACUACUUUAUCACACUUACAAUGUUAACAUUCUGGCUUUCUAGCAUUUAGUUAAUGUUUUGUUCUUUUCCAAUUCCAACCUUGUGAUACUUCAAGCAGUGUUUCACUUCUUGUACAAUUUCCGAUGACGUUAUUGUACGCAGAAAGUGUAAGUCAGUGGCUGUAGUGUUUUAUAAGAAGUCAGUUUUGUGUAUAUUUGCAAUAAGUUUCGGAUUUCACAGCAACCGAAUAUAUUUGUGAGGGUUCAAUAAAGAAUUGUUGCCUACAGCAAAUAAAAACUCCUCUUGUGACAGAAACACGUUUUCAGGACCUGUUUUCCGGUUAUGGAACGGAUGUGAGGAAAAUCAUUCAAGUGCGUUCUGACAAGACGUGGGACGUUAGCAAAUUAUCUAGGAAAUUAACAUACUUAGUUCACAAUUAAGAACAAAUUUUGCAUAUCUUUUGUACAUAGUGUAAAAUAUCAAAAAUAUCAUUUUUCAUUUGAUCAUUUUGUAUGUACGGCAUUAUUUUCAUGAAAAACGCAUAUGAGCAUGCAAUUAGGAAAAUCAUGUGGGUCAUCUUUUUGAUGCAUUUCAUUUCUGUUAUACAGAUAUCACAUAGCAUCCAAUCUUUAACAUUUAAUUUCUGCCAUAUACUCUAACUGAAAAAAAAAACAACAAUCCAAAUCAUUUCACUUAUGUCAUAUAACAAGAAACUCAAUCCAAAGCAUUUCACAUUUCCAUAUUACAGGGCAUUCAAUUGGAAGCAUUUCAUAAAUAAUAAAAACACAGCUUCAAGCUUAAACAUUUAUUUUUGACAGUAUUUCACCAGGACAUGUUCUAUCUGAAGCAUUUCACUUCUGCCAUAUAACUCAACAUUUUAAUCUGAACCUUUUCCUUCAU